AUGUUUACGUCUGCCGGUUUGAUGGGGCAGGGUGGAGACAACGCUGAUUUCCUCUUUUUGGAACGGUUAGUCUUGGACCUUGACACCACACGGACAAACAAUAUCACAAAUGAACAGGUAUGGUCUGAGCAAGAAAAGAAAGUUCGAAGCGCAGGCGAUAUAUUGGUGAGAAGAUGGAAAUAUAGGGAUGGGGGACAAGAAGCGUCAGAGGCGCUGGUAAGUUUCGCGGAGCAGAAAUGAAGGGGAAAACACUUGGAGUUUAAGGUUUUGAUUUAGGGGGUACAAGGUUUACUGAUUUCUGCUUUUUAUCCGGACUCAAUCCAAUGUCUCGUCUGAAAACAUCAAAGGGGAAGAAACACACUCAUUCCGCGACACUUAGUCUCCCGUCUCUUUUUCCUGCUUGCCCCUUUUUCUGUCCCUUUAAAACAAACCCGCCUUUUCUGAUCUUACAAGUAAACGUGCUGCUGCAAGGCUGUUUCACUGGACAUUCUAAGUUUCGUAAUUAUAAACUACUUAGGACCAAAAAUACUCUUUUUUCGAGCAUAAAAUUUAAAGAAGACAUAAUGUGCCGCCAAACGGUUGAAAGAAAAAAUAUUUUCCGCAUCCUUCUGAAAAAUUCAUAUUACGUAAGUAGCCAUUUCUAAGGAAUGUAGUUUACGCAAGCGGCCGAUAAGAAGCUCGCUCGAAAGCCGGUAUUCGGACGUGAUUGGAAUACCUUGGCAUUCUGCGACAAGGCAAUUAACUUGACAAUCCUACUUAAGUAAUCUUUUCGAAUCGAAGCAGACUUCAGAAUUUCGGCUAACAUUUCAUGAGACAGCCCAUCUACUGUAAAUAAGGGAAUGAGAGUGUUUAACUAACGAUGAAAUACCAUUAAUAUAAAAAAUAGGACCUAAUGCGGUACCUUGGAGGACACCGUUUACAAUUGGACAGUCUUGUUUCUGCGUACAUGUAAUGUAGAAAUGGAACAAACGAAAAAGUAGCAGUUACAGCAAAAUAUCAGUAUUUAUAUGGCCACUCCGCCACGCAUUCAUAAUCGUAUAAUGGAGCCUAAAAGUGAGCAAAGAUAUUAAAAAUAGCCGCGAUGCAAACAGAGAGGCAUGCUCUUCCGUUCGAAGCCGAAAAUAUCAUUGUUUUAAGCAAUGUGAAAGAAAAGACCAAAAGUUGCAAAUGUUUACUUGGCUUCACCGUGUGAAAUGCAAAGCACAGAUAAAUUAGUCAACACAGUGCAAUAUUAAGGCAUUCCUUAAAAAUAGAAAGUUGUAUAAAGUGCCGAAAACCCAGUCGUCGUCGUUGACUUUUGCUGUGAUCGCUCGUUAUAUUCGACGAUGAGGUUUCAGGUCUUGAUGUGUCCUGACACGUGACCAAGAUGACCGAUGGUUCGACCAUCGUACCCCGCCAUGUCCCCUGUAUGUUCCACAGCAAAGCAAAGCAGGCACGGUGAUUUGCGCGUGAAUAAGUACAUAGUGGGAGUGGACUUGCGCAGCAUCUACUCCAUUAUCUCCUUCUCACCACCUGGGCCCGGCAUCAAGACCUAGUCAAGAACUCGGGGGUGGAAGAGAGCGCGGGUAGCUGGCACAGUUGGACCCGUACCUAGGCGUACCACCACAUCCCCUGGUCUACAACAAACACGACCAGGAUUUUAACCAGCAAUAGCAUUGGGCAGCCAUGCUUAGGACCUGUAUAAUCAGUGAGAGCGCAAUCGCAUCUGCCGGCGGGGAACCAGGUGCCAGAGAACUGACAACUCACACCAGGGUCCGAGGGCCAUGGUUUGCUGAUCGUGCCUACAUAUCUUGAGACUCAAACGACCAUCUGCAUGAUAAAAACACACAAACUCACGCUACUUCGAUAAACGCCUUCAAGAAAUAUCUUAUAUUGAAGGUUUUAUGGACGCAUAAUGCAAAAUCUAUCUUGAUGGCAAUCAACUAAAAACACUGAAAACCGUAAAGUAUUUAACCGAUCUGAAACUAACCGAAAUCCAGAGCAAAAGGAAAGCGCAAGUAACGUUCACGGAAGAAAAGCCCUCUUCAAAAACAAAACUGGUAUGUUUACGAUUGUACUGCCAAAUCUAUUUAAAUUAUUUAGUCACUGAACGGCCCUGCAACAUGUGACCCUAUACAACUUUAUCCCACUGAAGUCUCCAUCCGCAAAAUCAAGCAAAAUCCUGCCUGCCUUAGUGAAUCGCAUCUCAAUUAAUGCAGAAGCGAAAAAAAUACGAGUUCUCGGGAAACCGUUUUGGAACCUUUACUCAGAAUUUAGGCUAUUGACGAACCGCCAUACCAGAUAUUACACUAAUUCUUAAUGCGUAUUUAGAUGUAAAACCAACUAAAGGUUAUUGUAAAAUGUUACUCUGUUUAUGCUAUCAUAUUUGCUCAGUUUUUUGCAUGGAUAGGACUUCUGUACAUCUAAAUCUAAAUUUUACACAAUUACGACCAUUUUGGCGUUUUCGAGAUGCUUCGAAUCGAAAUCGACCCCGAUUACGCCCAACUAAUUAUACAAGCACUUGCUUGUCGACGCAGAGACGAAUACCAUAACGUAAGUCGGUUAAUUGGAAAUAGCGCAAAAGAGAUAUUUAGUAGUGAAUUAAAUAACAGUAUCGGGAUAUUAAAAAAAUUUACAGGGUAGAGUCCCUCAGUCCUCAGGUACUAUUUUCUUUCAGUUGCCAUGGCGGGCUCCUGUAGAGAAAAUAGAAAGUGCGUUUAUAAGUUAAAGAAGAAUUUUUCAUACUACUAAAGGAUCAGAAAAUCAUACAACAAACAAAGUAUAUUAAGUAGUUUAGUUGGUAACUUUUAUGGAUACGAGAGAGGUGUGUUUUUCAUAACUUACAAAAUUUUCAUGCUACUGAAGUUGUCAAAAACAGUGAUGAUGUGUUCAUGGAGAUUGUUGAAUAAGGCUUAUUGAUGGUAAUUUCAAAAGGAAAUUAUCGUGUCUUCUGUGGGCAACAGACUGAGGCAUGCCUCUGUGGCGUCGGUUCCUCGAAAAUGCUGAAUUGGUGGAUUAAAUCAAAUUAUUCGAAUUACCCUCUCAACGGCUUCCCGGCGCUUAGAUCUCCCACCGUACCCGUAUCUUGCUCCGUGGAACCAGGUAAUGUUGUGUUUACGUAGUUCCUCACUUGGCGACUUUCCGAAAGUAGGGCUCAACCUAAUAACCUCUGCGGAUGUCAAAUAGAUUUUACCUACCGGUGAGGAUAGUAUAGAGGGGACAACUGAAGAAUGACCUCCUCCUCCUCCUCCUCCUCCUCCUCCUCAGCAGAACCGAAUAAUUCCGCGGUUUAACGAACGGGGCUCGUCGUACUUAGACUGAAAAUUCCCAAGGAUUAUUUGCUGGAAAACUUUUAAGUACGACACAUCUAAGUACUUCCUAUUCAAACCGAUGGCAGCUUACUAAUCUUAAGUUUCUAUGAGUUCGAAGACUAGAAACCCGCCUUUGUCUUAUUUUUUUGCAUGAUUCAUAGUUUGAAUCUUCCUCGGAUUUCAGCCCUUACGUCUUUUAGUGGUCAAUACAAUCUUCAUAAUUCUUCCUUGAUUUUAACUCCUCCUCCUUGUCCACCUCUUAACGCUCUCUCUUCUUUAUCUCCAGGUAUAUAUUUCUUUGGAAUAACUUGCCAAUCGAAAUUAAAUCGUCAAAUGGUCUGUAUGCUUUUAGGAGAAAACUGCACCUUCAUCUUACCACUGACUCGAUUAACCUUUUAUCCUCACCCUUCGAGAGCAGCUUUCUCCACGACUCUGAAAAAGGGUCAUUGGGCAUUUAGGGAGAUGCCGCCAAAUCACCUUAUUCGCUUACAUUUCCCAUUCCGCGUGUGCUUUCGUUUUCCACGAUUUCUCAGCAGAAAUCUCGAUUUUUUCAGUCCACGCAUCGUGCCCUUCAUAAAACUUGAUGCUCUACCUUACCAACCUCACGGAGAAGUUGGCGGGGUCAUAUUGACACUCAUGAUCUAGACCGCCUCCGUUUCGCUCGCCGCUAAUCCUCUCCAGGAUUCCAUUCUAGUCACUGGAAUGUCGAGGUCUCACCCCAACUGUCGGUGUCACACUGUGUCUGCCACUGUGCGUGACCGAUCGCAUGAAAUGUUGGCCAAAAUUCUGGAAUGCGUUUCCGAUUAGGAAGGAUUACUUAAGUGGGGUUGUAAUACUGACUAACGUGAAGCAUAAUCUGAUGGUAUUUCGGACUCGCCAGGAUGUCAGCCUGUGAAUACACUUCUUUUUCACCUCCUGCAGAAACCACCCUUGGUAAAAAAAAAUGACUACUUAAGUAGCAUGCAUUUUUCCUAUUGAUUUUCAAUGGUCUUAUAAAUUCAAAUGUAUUUUAUCGAAAACGUGCACAAAAAUAUGCUUUAUUUUACUCGUUUGGUAACAAAGCACAUUGCCUUUAUAUUUUAUACCCGAAGAGAUUGUAUAUUUAGGUUUUGAAUAAGUCUCCCAAUUCCCGAGUAAUGUCGAGCCUGAACAACCGUUGCAUUAGCGUUUAGCGAUUUUAGUCCACAAGAUGCAUGUUUCCCGAGUAAGGAAAAUCAUAUAUUCCUCUAUGUCUGUAAGAAGAUACUACAUAGGAUUCAUAAAAUUUCGCGAUGGAUCCGGACUGCGUUGCACAUUUCAUGAGGCGCAUUGGUAAACCGACAUGUGCAGUCCUGUAUGCACGGACAUCGCACGGUCUUAGGGUAUAGGAUAUAAAGGCGAUGUGAUUUUCUACCAAACGAGUAAAAGAAGGCAUAUUUUUGCGCAUGUUUUCUGUAAAAUAUAUUUGAAUAUAUAAGACCAUCGAAGAUCAAUACGAAAAAUGCAUGCUACUUAAGUAGCCAUUUUUUACCAAGAGUGGUUUCUGCAGUAGGUCAAAAAGAAGUACAUUCAAAAGCCGACAUCCUGGCGAGUCCGGAAUACCAUGAGAUUUUGCUGCAUGAUAAUCAGUAUUACAAUCCCACUUAAGUAAUCCUUCCUAAUCGAAAACGCAUCCAGAAUUUUGGCCACCAUUUCAUGAGAUCGAUCACACACUGUACCAUCCCUAGACGCACUAAAAUGACGCUUCGUUCUCACUAGCUGACUAGCCAUUGUAGUUUCAUCCUAUCCUCAGGAAUAAUUGUCUCUGCUCCUUCAUAUCCUUUCGCGAGGUGGUCCAUUCCUCCUGAAAAUUUAUUGAAAGCAAGGGUUCCCCGUAAAUAAGCCGGAAAUGGCCAAUAGUCCACCUCGUCCCUGUCGACAUUUCCUCCACCGCGUAUCUCUCUGUUAGACCGCAAGAAACUUUCCUAACCAGCAUGACGUCUUGGGGUUCCAAUCAUACGAAGUGCUACCUGAAAUGUCCCACUUUCUUUUCAUUAUCCAUUCACUCCUUCGUUAUCCAUCACCAAGUGCUUUUGUAGGUUGGAUGACUCACUUGAAGAACGGGUUAUCGCCAACAGCGUCCCGUCUCUUAUCUUCUCAAAAUAGUUGUUCUUCUUGUAAUCUCGAAAGUUCAUCCACUGCUCUGCAUCGUCUACCUCAAUAAACUGUAUGCAUCCUCAUUUUGAAACAAAACUAGUCUUUUUCUUCCCUCUGUUAGUUGAAUUUGCACCAACAGUACGUAGGGCUCUCUUCUGGAAUGACUUCAGUAGGCCAACAAAGAGGGGACUGCCAACUGGAGUCUGAUUUCCUCAAGUGUGUCAAACUCCAGUUACCUACGUUUCAUACACACGCACACAAAAGCGCCCUAUCGAUCGCCGCGUCGAGACCGGUACAUGAUUGGCCGCAGCACGACUCCGGAAAUGGGCCUAUCGGCAUGCAUGACCGUCAGGGCGAAUGUGGGCUUUAGUCGUUGUUCACUCCUUGCGGCAAACUGCUAAAAGCAGCCAACCUUGCUUUUGGUCGUAUUCCCGGUUUACAAGAAGUUGUGAUGCCUCAAUUCCCGACAGACGACAAAAAAACAAAAUACUGCGAAACUCGAACGAACAAUAUUUUCCUGCGAACAUAAUCUUAACUUUCUACUGCUAGCGUGUCAUUCGGAAACCGUAAAACAAAAGUACAUUGUCGGAGCAAAUGCGACGUCCAAUAUUUUGGUGAUUUGGAAGGAUGCCUAUGAUACACGGUGUAGAAAGUGGGCCGGCUUUCUUGGUGGACAAAAACUCGUCUUCGUUCUCAGAAUUAUGAGUACACAGUAGUGAUUUACAAGCUAAAGCCUAAUUAAGGUUCCCGGAAAUGAUGUUGUAGGUUAUUCGUGAAAUGUUUCUGUCAUUCCUUAGAAGGUUUCCAAAACAAUUCUAGAAGUUGUCGUUCACGCGUAGAACUGUUUGUCCUCCGAUUUCGCAGUAAAUCAUGAGGAACCCACAAUGAUCAGGACUCCUAACUCUGCAAAAAAAUUAAAAUUAUUAGUCAGCUCUGGAAGGUAGCUGGAGAAUUCAGACAUGAAUGGCAUACCAACACGGGCUGAUCAAGCGACCAAAUCUCAUUUGCUGACUGGAGAUAUUAAGUCUGCUUCUUUCUGUGUUGUGUUCUCGAAUCUGAACUCCGUCCCACUCCCGCCCUCUUGCUUAUAGGGACGCCAGCUAACUCCGGGUUAGAAAAAGGUAUGUAACCGCGAGGAAGUUGUUCAAAUAAGUGCGGUAAUUUAUACGUUCGCUGUUCCCGGUUCCGCCUUAAACUCCAUCGACCGAGUCUUAUAUCGAAAAUACCUGGUCAACAGUGCUCGCGUGCUCGCUCGGUGUGGCCGCGUGCGCAAGUCGAUGGAAUCGCCACAUGAAGAAUCGUUCCCGAUACUUUCAGGUAUAAUAAAAGACCUGCUGAACCUAUCCUAGUGACAGCGAGGACGUGGUCAGCGUUGACCAGGUCAGGGCCACCAUCCCAGAGGAACCAUCGGGUCUGCCUCAAGAACAAGAAGUGUUGACCUCCUACCCCUUGCUCUUCCACCACCCCACCCUCUACCCCUCCAUUCUGACAGCUCCCUACCCCGUCAUGCCCGUUGCCUUUAUCCGUAACGUCGUCGUCGUCCUCCAAAUCACUCACCCUCCUCGACUCGUCCCUUCACUUUAUGUCAUAUGCAGUGGACGUCAUGUUCAGUCCCCUGAGCGAUUGGUUACUCGUGUUUUUUUUUAGACAUGAACUAUUCCGUCGCCUUUGCUACACACCGCCUUCGAUCUGGCCGUGGUCGCCAGCACGGCUGUUUACCCGUGGCGUCUUAGGUCGGCCUUAGCCCGCCCGUCGAGCUCUGCGAAGGAAGGUGUGAUUAAGCCUUUGCCUAGACGACCCCGCGACGGGGGUCGAUAUUUCUGUCCUCAUUGGUCUCAGCCGCACAUACCUCGUGCUCGGAAGGACAGCUUAAACGACUGACGACGACACCCGCUGGCAUUGCCUGCCGAGCUUCGAGUACACUCUCCUGUCGCAAUAAAGUUUGUCCGAUAACUCGGUCUUCCCCACCUUAUGAUUUGGGUGCGCUCGAGUUUUCGACAGACGUGCCUGGAUAAUUUUUUCAGUAUCGGUGAAAAAGCAGGGAAAAGUGCUCGCAAAGAAAUUUUACGAGCGCAAAAUCGAUGGGGUUUGUCUGGAUGGAAUCCAUCUUGAGGCGUUUUCUUUAUCGUGGACGAGUUGGAUUUCUCGGGAAAACUGGCGGCUGAAGUCUAGGUGACGCAUCCCACGUUGCGAGUACGUCUGGGAAUGACACUUAGAACGAAAACUAGAGGCUUGUGAUUCCUAAGCAAGACGAAAUCGCGAUCAUUGUGAAAGCGUCGGAAAUUUCGGACGGUCAGGCGUUCCUGACGACAGACAUUGUAAUGGCUCUCUUCUCGGCUAUGUUUCUUCAAAAGGAAAACGAGAGAUUGCAGAACAUCGCCAACGGUUCGUUAGAGGGAUGCAUCAACGGCAGUGCUCGAAGCACAAGUCAUGAGGGUAAGAUGGGGGCAGGCAGACUUGCCUUCCACAAGGGCGACCUCAGCGUCAUUGAAGGAAUGGAUACUCUUCUUGUUUAUUAUCAGCGGCUUCUUGGAGGGGACCAAGAGGCAGAGUGGCUACAAGAUGGUGAUUCCGUGGGGGAGAAAACAGUAAUAGUAAUUCACCAUAUCUAAGGAGUGAUGUGGUUGAUUGGUGGUCUUAGGGACAGGGAAAUUUUUUAUGACUGAAACCUCUUCCGGAGCGGGGUUUAGCCCAUCAUUGUGACUCGAGAAAACUAGGCUAGAUACUUCAAACUAACAUUUAUCAGUAUUCGCGAAUACACCGUGAAACUCGGCUUACGUAACCACUGCGGCAAAGACUUCCAGUCCUCCUCCUCCUCCUCCUCCUCUUCCUCCUCCUCCUCCUUCUCCAAAACCUGUGAGAACCCUCCCGACUCCUCGUCAACCACCGCCCCACCACCACCAGCAAUGCCGACUCAGUCCAAAAUUAUCCUCAUUGAAACCACACCUGCGCACCACGCAUAG